CAAUCGUCCCUCGGCUUGCGCUUGCUGUUGGUGCGGUUCGGUCGGUUCUCAGUGCGAUUGCAUGUUUUUGUGUCACGAAUUAUAAAAAAGUGCCGUGAAUUACUACUGAAUGUGUUCUUGAUAUAUUUAACAGUUACUUAUCAAUUUAAAUGUUAGAAGUGCGUAAAACGUUCGACAGUUCAUACAAAAAUAAAGUUUCUACGCAGUGAAUAAGCUGACCAUUUGAGCAGUGGAGUGACGGAAUACGAAGACACGUUUUUUGUCCGCUAAAAGUUGUGCAAUUUGCCGUCUCAAGAUCAGAAGUCAAUUUCGCACACGCACAAGCCAAAAGGAAGCAAACUUGAAAUUCAUCUUAAUUAAUUCUACAUUCAACUUGCGAGGCAUUUAUUCUUGGUGGAAGUGGUGCUCGCUCACGCCUCGAUAAUCGCAGGGCAGCCGUCAGCGAACCGAACCGGUCAGAGGACAUUUUUGUCCACGAUAAUAAGGAAGCAAAACCAGAAGUUUCAAUCAGCAAUGUGCAGCGAAGUCGGCAACAAUAAAGUGGACGAAACCCCGAGCUCGACCAAUCCGUCCGACUAUGGAUCCAAUCUGCGAAUCAUCGACUGCAGCGCCCAAAUCCGAGAGCUCCAGACAAUCAUCAGGGACAAAAACACCUCGCGCAGUGACUUCAAAUUCUACGCCGAUCGACUGAUACGGCUGGUCAUCGAGGAAAGCCUGAACCAACUGCCCUACUCGGAUUGCUCCGUGGUCACGCCAACCGGAGCCAUCUACGACGGACUCAAGUACCGAUCGGGAAACUGCGGCGUCUCGAUUAUACGCUCCGGGGAAGCAAUGGAACAGGGACUGCGAGACUGCUGCCGAUCGAUUCGGAUAGGGAAGAUUCUGGUGGAGUCGGACGCUGAGACACACGCGGCGCGUGUUGUGUACGCGAGGUUUCCAGACGACAUUGCCAAGCGACAAGUGCUGCUCAUGUACCCCAUCAUGGCCACGGGGAACACUGUGAUACAGGCAGUCAACGUACUGAAAGACCACGGCGUUCCCGAAACAGCCAUCAUCCUGUCCAAUCUGUUCUGCACACCGGUGGCCGCCUCGAUGGUCGUGACAGCCUUCCCCGACAUGAAAAUCCUGACCUCAGAGCUGCACGCCUCGGCACCGAACCAUUUCGGCCAAAAGUACUUCGGGACGGACUAGUCGCCCGCGCGGGAGGGAGAGAUUGACUAAUUUCACUGCGAAUACUAUGAUCGGGUGGGUGACAUUCAUACAGGCAUUGGCGGGGAUUUAUGCGAACCCGAACUGCUAUCUACCACUACUACUUGUGCUCUUAAUUUAUUUAUUAACAUUUUUUCGUAGUAUCGAUUGUGGUAACAAAUCAACUCUUUUUUUUUUUUCUUAUCUAACAUUAGUGGUACGAUCGAGUUUGUUAAAAAAGUGUUUAGCGAAUCAUCUCAGCUAGCAAGCAAGCACCAAGGCGUAUUGUUCCCUCUUGUCUAGGAAUAUGACUUAAUUUAGUUUGUAAGCUCAAAGCACGUUGUCAGAUUGCCAGAAUGUGGACAUUUUUUAGGACUCGUUAUUGUAAUAUAAGAAUAAAUGUAAGUAUAUUUGAAUGACUGUA